AUGGAGUUUGCCACAGGGGCGCUGGGCACCCUGCUUCCGAAACUUGGCCAGCUGCUCCAGGAUGAGUACAACCUGCACAAGGGAGUCAAGAAGGACAUCGUGUUCGUCACAAGAGAACUCGAGAGCAUGCGUGCCGCCCUCCGCGACAUUGGAGAGGACAUAGUUGACACCUUCUUUGUGCGUGUUCAAGGCUCUGAACCUCCCAGCAAAAGGAGCAUCAAAAGAUUCAUCAAGAAGAUGACAACUAUUGUGGGGAAGGCCAAGACUCUCCAUGAGAUUAGCCAAGCGAUCAAGGACAUCAAGGAGCGUGUCAAGGACGUGGCCGAGCGACGUGACAGGAUAGUCUCUAUUGUUGGCUUUGGAGGACUAGGCAAGACAACGCUUGCUAAAGGAGUUUAUGACAAGUUUAAACCGCAAUUCAAUUGCACGGCUUUUGUAUCAAUGUCUCGUGAUCCGGACAUUAUGAAAGUUCUGAAGGACAUUCUUUAUGAGCUUGACAAGAAAGAGUACAAGGACAUCCACAACACCGCAUUGGGUCAACAGCAUCUCACCGAUCUUGUCCAUGAAUUCCUCAAAAAUAAGAGGUACCUCAUUGUUAUAGAUGAUAUAUGGGAUACAGAACCAUGGGAGAUAAUAAGAUGUGCUCUACCUGAGAAUGUCCUGAAAAGCAGAAUAAUCACAACUACACGCAUAAUUGAUGUUGCUGAGCAUGUUGGCGGUUGCUACAAGCUGAAACCUCUUACUCACCACAACUCCAAAAUGUUAUUCUAUGGACGGAUAUUUGGCUCCGAAAGCGAUUGUCCUAAACAGUUUUCUGAUGUAUCUCAAAAAAUUUUGAUGAAAUGCGGAGGUGUGCCAUUAGCUAUUCUUACAACAUCUAGCUUGCUGGCUAAUAAGUCAAGAAAUAUAAAAGUGUGGUAUGACGUGUGUGAGUCAGUUGGUAAGGGACUAGCAAACAAUCCUAGCAUUGAUGGUAUGAGGAAGAUAUUGCUGCUUAGCUAUUAUGAUCUGACACCCACUUUAAAGACAUGUUUACUGUACCUAAGUAUAUUUCCGGAAGAUUAUGCCAUUUGGUGGGAUCGGUUGAUACUGAGGUGGAUAGCUGAAGGAUUUGUCCAACAAGGAGAUGGGAGGCAGAGCUUAUAUGAGAUUGGACAGAGUUAUUUCAAUGGGCUUCUAAAUAGAAGCCUGAUCCAGCCAGCAGACAUGGAUGAGGAUGAGAUGAAUCCUUUUUCUUGCCGGGUUCAUGAUAUGGUGCUUGAUCUCAUUUGCUCCUUGUCGAGAGAAGAAAAUUUUUCUACCACUAUAAGUGGUGACUGCAUGCAAAUGACAUCUUCAGAAAACAAGGCUCCCAGGCUCUCUAUCCACAAUACUAGUUGGCCUACAAUCAACAUGUCAAAAUUGAGAUUGCAAUCUUCAUCAUCAUCCAAGUCUAGAGUUUGUUGGUAUAUUAUUUCACCUGAGGUAUCUAAGCCUAGCAGAUACUGGAUAUGCUGGCGAGCUCCCAAGGGAGAUAGGGAAGCUACAGUUUUGCAGACAUUGGACUUCCAAGGAACUUGUAUAAAAGAAGUGCCAUUGAGUAUCUUCAGGCUGAGACAAUUAAUGAGCCUUGAUGUUGGGGACAGUUCAAGGCUGCCAACCACAAGUGGGUUGAGAAAUCUAUCAUCUCUGGAGCAGCUACACAUGAAUGUGGAUUCUACAAACAUUGCAGAAGAGCUGGGCCAUCUGACGCAACUGAGGGUGCUAUGGGUUAUGCUCGAAAUUACAAGGAAGGCAGAUGGGAUGAAAGCAUGUGCAGAGUUCUGUUGGGGUCCCUUGGCAAACUACACAAAAUCCAAACUCUAA